AUGCUCAGCCCGGAACGCACCCGCGGUCGCACAUAUGCUCGCAUAACGUCUAUUUAUCAGUUCGAUGCUUUUUUGCUGCGCCGGAGAGUGUCCUCUAACUAUGUGCUACUUCUAUUGCAGCAAAUUGUCGCCACUCUUGGAUUGAUGGCCGUGGCCAUGGCUGCUGCAGAGCACUACCAUGCCGCACCGGAGUACGAGCACCAGGCCCCGGCCAAGCACAUCCCGAUCGUGCACAGCGAGUCGUACAGCCACCACGACGGAAGCUACAAGUUCGCCUACGAGUCGGCCAACGGCAUUGUGGCGCAAGAGGAGGGCUUCGUCAAGAAUGCCGGCAGCAAGGACCACGAGGUGCAGGUGGCGCACGGAUCGUUCUCCUACACCGACCCCCACGGACACCCGGUGUCUGUGAGCUACGUCGCCGACGAGAACGGCUUCCAGGCCAAGGGAGAUCAUCUGCCGACGCCACCUCCGGUGCCGCAGGAGCUGAUCGAUGCGUACGCCAAGGCCGCCAGCCAGCCGGCUUACCACGACGAACCCGAGCACGUCCAGCCGUCGGCCCCUCACGGGUACAGUCAGUACUAA